AUGUGGCUUGAUCCCAGUGUUAAAGUACGGAUGGCGGCCUCCUCGGCCCUUGGUCGAACCGGCUGUGGCCAUCGCGUCUAUGCAGAUGUCUUGGCUCGCUUGCAGCUCUUAGUAGACCAACCACAGUCCUCCGACUGGCCCUCGGAUCACCGGACAUACCCGAAGUCUCCCAAAGGAACAAUAAUAGAGACGAAUAGACAAAAUGACUUUGAUGGAAAAAAAAGUCAAAAAGCACGCCAGAUUAUUAAAACACUGGAACUGCUGAAAGAAAUUGGUAAGUUAGAUUAG